AUGAAUAAUUGGCAACAUUUGUUUAACAAUACAGCUGAUCUUUCAGUGCAUUUAAAGAAACCAUACUUUCGAUAUGACAACAAAGAAAAAGAAGUUACAAACCUGGUGUUUGACGAUAGAGCAAAUCUGAUUUGGGCUGGUGAUACAUAUGGUUGUAUGACGGCCUACAAUCCAAAUUUCCAAAUGUACAGUCGUUAUAAAGCCCAUAUUGGAAACGUUAAAGUCAAUGACAUUCUGACUACAAGGGAAGGUGUAUUAUCACUUAGCGAUGAUUCUUUACAUAUGAGUAAUAGAAGAGGUGUCACAUUAUUUAAUCUUACUUGCGCUGAUGUCUCCACUUUUAGUGGAUUAAGGACUAUGUGUACAAUUUCACCAGAGAACGAAACCCAAAUUUAUUGCGCUGGUGAUGUUACCAGUUCUGGGAUUACGGGAGUCGAUUUAAAUAAAGCUGCGGUAUCAAACCUAAUCCACUAUCCUAAUAGAGUAAAAUUCAUGAAAUCUAAUAGUAAACUUAUCACCAUUGGACAACAGUCUGGUAAAAUAGAUUUACUUGAUCAUAAUUCCAAUCAAAUAAUCAAAUCAUUUAAUGGACACUCAGAGACUAUCUCAUCUAUCGAUGUUCGUGGACAUACUUUAAUUACAACUGGAACUUCUAGAAGAUUUACAAGUUCGUUUGCCGAUCCAUUUGUUAAUGUUUAUGAUUUAAGAAUAAUGAGACAAUUGACGCCAAUAUCUUUUUCGAAAGGCACUACAAUGGGUUCUGGAGGUGCAGAUUUCGCAGAAUUACAUCCUGUCCUACCUACCGUCAUGAUUGUUGGAUCAUAUACUGGCUCUUUUGAUUUUAUAGAUCUUUCAAAUCCUGCCUUAAGAACACAAUACGUUCAUCCUGGUCAGGAAAUACGAAGUUUAAAGAUAUCACCAAAUGGUAAUUAUAUGAGUGUCCUAGAGGUGGAUAAUCACGCCAGUUUAUGGAGUAGAACUAUGAAUACUCCAACCAUAUUUACAAACACACAAGAAUUACUGGAAUAUCCUGAUUUCGCUGAUGAUAAAAUUUACCCGAUACCCGUACCUAUUGAUGACGAAGAGUUCCCAUUAAGUAGUAUAGGCCUUCCAUAUUAUCAUGAAAGAUUAUUAUCCGCCUGGUCACCUGUUGUGUUUGAUAGUGAUGGAACAAUUCCUAAACAUAUUGAGCAAGAAUCCCUACCUUUAUCGUCUGGAAAACAAGUAGCUAACAAAACUCAUCUUGUUUUACAAGGUUUAAAUCUGUCAUCCAAAGAAUUCCCCUUUCAUAAAUACAAUAAAGAUCAACUUGGUGCCAGGAAUGAAGUCCCCAAAUAUGUAAGUUUAAAAGAUGAAAGAAGGUUAUUAUCAUUACCAAUAAACAAGGAUACAAUAUUAGAGUAUAAAACAACCGACGAAACCCGAAUUCCAAACGCAUAUUCAAAAUUACCAUUUACAUCUGGUAAAUUUGGUUCAGAUAACUUUGAUUUUGAUGCGUUUAAUAAAACUGAACAUGCAGGAUUAGACACAGAUAUCGAUAAUUUGUAUACAAACGCCAUUUUACAAGUAUACAGGUUUGUUCCUGAAAUUUACAAUUUCGUAGUAGGCUGCCUAAAGGAUGAAAACUUCGAAGUAUCGUUAUUAUUACAACUUGGUUACCUCUAUGACAUGAUGGGUCGUUCAAAGAAUAGAGUAUGUAGGUCAACUAAUUUUCAAGUAGCUUUGAAUGCUCUUCCAGAAGCAGAAGAAGCUGGCGUUAUUGAAAGUUCGCCAAAGAGUAUAAUGUUCGAUGGUCCCAACAGUACCCGCUUUUAUGACACAAUAUCGAGAAGCUUAGCUCAGAAAUUCAAUAAGUUUUUACUGAGCAGAUUACAAAAUGAAGAAUUCCAAAACAAUCAACAUAAUAUUACAUUACAACAGUGCAUUGGAUUAGACUUGAAUGUCCAACUAAAAAGAAAGUGCAGACAUGAUGAAAAUCGUAACGAGAUUCUAUCCAGCUUAACCUUAAUGUCCCCGGCAAGGAACGGUAUGAAAACCAAUGGUAGAAAAUCUCCAAUCAACACUAUCUUAUCUUACAUCGAAUCAUCAAUGAAAAGGGUUUACCACGUUGAAAACAUAUGUGAUAAAUGUAGUAAGAAAGAUAUAGCAGAGGUAGGAAAAAUUGCAACAAAUUUACCACCAGUAUUAUCUUUCGAACUUCUAUUAACAGACUCUGAAUGGCAGGUUGCAAAGAAAACUCCAAAUUGGCUGUCGAAAUCAUUCUUUGCCACAAUGACACCACAAGGUGCGUUCUUGAGAAAUACUUCUACAGAACUGAAACAAUUCGCACCAAUUUUCAAAUAUGAUCUGAGUGGUUACGUUGCCAGAAUUACAGAUCCAAGUGGAUCAAGUAGGUUGGUCACGUACUCCAAAAUAUAUGACAGUAACACUAACACAUUCAAAUGGUAUCUCUUUAAUAAUUAUUUAGUGGUAGAGAUAGAUGAGGAAGAAGCGUUAAAUGCGUCACAACCUUGGAAGUGCAUAGAAAUCGUGGUGUAUUGCGAUUCAGAGGAGAUCAGAAAACCAUUCUUUUCAGUAGACACAUAUCAAAUUGAUAGAAGUAUUUUAUUUAGAGACCACUUUGCGGCAGGCAUCAGAGAGACAAAAAAGAAAGAAUACACUUUGUUAACUCAAAAAGAGGCACCAAAGGCUGGCACCCUAAUAGCGAUUGAUGCUGAAUUUGUUACAUUAAACAAUGAACUAAAUGAAAUCGAUUGUAAAGGAAUGAAAACAGUGAUAAAAUCAAAAAAAACGGCGCUUGCUAGACUUUCUAUUGUGAGAGGUGAAGAGGGUGAAGAAUUUGGGAAACCGUUUAUUGAUGAUUACGUUGUUAAUACUAAUCGUAUUGAAGAUUAUUUAACUAAAUUUAGUGGUAUUGAACCUGGAGAUUUAGACCCAGUCAAGAGUGACAAGACGUUAGUCACCUUGGAAGUAAUAUAUAGAAAAGUGUGGCUAUUAAUGCAACUUGGAUGUGUGUUUGUUGGACAUGGUUUGAGUAACGAUUUCAAACAUAUUAAUAUCAAUGUUCCUAAAGAACAAAUAAGAGACACUGCAGUAUAUUUCUUGCAAGGGAAAAGAUUUUUAUCAUUACGAUAUCUAGCGUUUGUAUUACUUGGACAAAACAUUCAAGAAGGUAAUCAUGACUCAAUAGAAGAUGCAUACACGGCAUUGAUCCUUUAUAAGAGAUAUUUGGUGUUAAAGGAGAAUGGGUCUCUAAAAGCUGUUAUAGAUUCACUUUACGAAGAAGGAAGAGCAACUAAUUACAGAGUUCCGGAAUCAAACAACAAAAUUACCAAAUAA